AUGUCUGGCCCUUUUCAUCCCGCCCAAGAAGCUCCCGCCGCUCUUCUCUCCGUCCAGCCUCUCCAACCCCCGCCAUCCCCACAGACGCAUCGCGCCCUGCGACGCCUCCAGUCCGCUCACGCCCUGGGAGCCCGAGCAGCCCAGCAGGCGUCGCUCCUCUCACAGCAGCGCCGCGAGCGCCCUCUGUCUCCCAGUCGAAAUGCCGCCGAUUCCGCUGAUUCCACAUUGAUUGCAAACACCACUGCCCUCACCAAUGCGAAUCUCAACGCAAAUGCUGCCGCAAACUCGACGGUGCGGACGCGAGGUCGUGCCAACAGCGAUGCCACGCUGCCUCCUCCACCAUAUAACCCGCCCGCCGCGGUAAACACCCGACGAUCAGGCGUCAAGAAGCCCGUCUUUUCGCAUGGGCAUCUUUCCCUGCAGCAAAUCAUCCGCGAAGGCCCCAACGAUGGCGACUUUAACGGAGCUCUGGAGAGCGCGAGGUGGAAAGUCAUUGAUGAAGGCGUCAAGGCUGCAGAAGAUGGAAUGUCUCCCCUGAGAAUCUACGUCUGGCUCGUCCUCCUCGACGCCCCCAUCAUGUCCACAGACGAAUACCUCUCCCUCAUCCACCGCGGCGCCUCUCCGGCCUACGCCAAGAUUCGAAACGACACAUUCCGCACCUUGACCACCGAUCCUCUAUUCCGACGCCGCGUGAGUGAAGCGAGCUUGAUCAGGCUGUUGAAUGCCAUUGCCUGGCGGCUUCACGAUUCAAGGGAGGAACGCCAGAGCCGUCCGGGCAGCAGUCAUUCGUCUCUGCCUGCGCGGGAGACUGUCGGUGGCAGUGUCUCUGGAUCUCAAGCCAGGUCUGGCGCAGUUCUCGAACCAGGCGUCUACGUCCAAGGCAUGAACGUCCUCGCCGCCCCAUUCCUCUACGCCGCGCGAAGCGAAGCCGAAGCCUUCGUCGCCUUCCACUCUCUGCUCACCCGCGAGUGUCCCGGCUACAUCCGAGGCGCCAUGGACGGCGUGCACCGCGGGCUCGCCCUGGUGGAUAAAGUGUUGGCGAUUGUCGAUCCUAAACUCAGCAUGUAUCUGACGACAAAGGGGCUCUCGGCCGAAAUCUACGCUUUUCCUUCUGUGUUGACGCUGUGUGCGUGUACGCCGCCAUUGCCUGAGGUGCUGCGUCUUUGGGACUUUUUAUUUGCGUACGGGCCGCAUCUUAAUAUUGUUUGUAUUGUGGCACAGCUUACCAUUAUGCGGUCACAAAUUCUUCAAUCUCAAAGUCCAAAUAAGCUGUUACGAUCUUUCCCACAACUGAAUGCCGAUCUCGUCAAGAGCGUGACCAUCAGCAUUAUCAAGAAGAUACCAGACGACCUUUACGAAGAAAUCGCCACGCACGCCAUGUAA